GCUGGGAAGUAGAAACCCUCUCAGAAGGAGGUGUGACUCAGCCGUGGAGAGAGGAGCAGCUCCUUCACGUGUGGAUGGAAAUUGCUGGAGACGUGGAUUAACCAACAACAGACCUGAGCUGCUUGAUUACAGCACGAGUUCCCCUUAGAGACUGAUAGGUUGAUUGGAGGACUUAUCAACUGAUUGAAGUUCCUGUCAAACCAUCUGCAAGUCUACUGAUUUGAAGAUCAUCGGAUUGGUUGGAGGAUUGGAAGCCUUGGUGACUGAUUUGAAGCCUGAUCGAGUGAUUCCAAGUCUGAUUUGAAGCCUGAUCGAGUGAUUCCAAGUCUGAUUAGAAGCCUGAUCAAGUGAUUUCAAGUCUGAUUAGAAGCCUGAUCGAGUGAUUCCAAGUCUGAUUAGAAGCCUGAUCGAGUGAUUUCAAGUCUGAUUAGAAGCCUGAUCGAGUGAUUUCAAGUCUGAUUAGAAGCCUGAUCGGGUGAUUUCAAGUCUGAUUAGAAGCCUGAUCGGGUGAUUGGAGGUCUAGCUGACCAGUUUUACACUUGAUUGGAAGCCUGAUUGAAAAAGCUCACCGAUUUGAUACCUAAUUGACUGAUUUGACACUUUUGGUUGAUUGGUUGAGUCUGAUUGACUGCUGGGAAUCCUAAUUAACUUAUUGGAAGUCUAUCAACUUUGACACCAGAUUGGAAGCCCGAUCAACUGACUGGAAGCUGUGUUGGAGUCUGUUCUGUUGGCAUCAGGAUGAGCGGAGCAGGGGAGGUGGUGUGUGAAGGCUGGCUGCGAAAAUCCCCACCAGAGAAAAAGCUACGCCGUUAUGCGUGGAAGAGGCGUUGGUUCGUGCUGCGAAGUGGUCGGCUGAGCGGGGAGCCGGAUGUCCUGCAGUACUACAAGAACCAGCAGUCCCGCCGGCCAAUCAGGACCAUCAACCUGAACUUAUGUGAACAGGUGGAUGCUGGCCUGACAUUUACAAAGAAGGAGCUGGAGAGCAGCUUCGUUUUCGACCUGAGGACGGAGGAGAGGACCUGGUACCUGGUGGCUGAGUCUGAAGAGGACAUGAACCGCUGGGUAUCCUCCAUCUGCCUGCUCUGUGGCUUCAACCCGACCGAUGACAUUCCAGAGAGACCUCCUGUCUCCGGCUCGGCCUCCAUCACAGCGAUGACCCCAACCAGUGGCACCGCCAUAACAGGGUCAGUCCCACCCCCCUAUGACCCGGUGAGUGUGCGCAACUUGGACCAUGACGGCACUACAGAAGACGAUUAUCUGUGGUUAGCGCACUGCCAGUGUCAAAUCAGGCCUCCUUUAGGUUCCUCCACCUCUCUUGAAACCGACUACAACGACAACCUCUACCCUCCUCCCUCUGCCACCUCCUCCUCCUCUUCCUCUUCCUCCUCUCCUUCCCUCCUUCGGAACGGCAACCCAAAUCCAUCCUCUUCCUCCAGCUCCAGGACAGCCCCUUGGACAGUUGCCACCAUGACAGGCCCUUUAAGCCAGUCUCUGGAUGCCAGCACGACCUCUGACCUCCACAAACGAGCCGGCAGAGCUCGUUGUCACCCCUCUCCUCAUCCCAGGAAGCACUCCCUGGAUUUCCACCUGCGACCCGUGGCGAUACCUCUCAGUGAUGAUACACACUCCGCCGUGCAUCCCCACUCAUACGCCACCAGUGGUUAUCAGAUCCCCCGUCCAGCAUCCACCAUGCAACCACGGCCCCCUCGCCGCCCAUCCUCUACCCCCAGUGUGGACUCCCUAACCCAGGCGGAGCUCCACACCUCCACCCCGACUCCUCCUCCACGCCCGCCGAAGCCCCUGACCAUUGCAGCCCAGGGACAGAGCUCAGCUGUGGGCGCGCUCCCCCGAUCCUCCACCGAGCCAGAGAGGAGGGAUGGAUGUGUGGAGGGAGGGGGAGGAGGUCUGCCAAGGAGUAACACUGUCACUAUGCCAGGACGCACACAGACAGGUUGUGAGUCUUUUUACAUCCCUCGGUCUCUGUCUGACAGAGCGAGCAUGUUUGAGUUCAGCGAGAGCUUCAACAGUUACUUCUUUAAUAAAGGCAUGGUACCUCUGGGCAGUGUUUGCUCUGAAGAUGAUGAUGUGGACGAAAACUAUGUUCCCAUGAGCGCUGCCACCACUGAGCCUCCUGUUGCACCAAGGGUGCCUCCGCCGUCCUCCUCUGACCCCUCUGUCCUGCUCCAGGAUGCCAACUACGUCCCCAUGACCCCCCUCACCCCUUCCCUUCCCAUUCAUCCCACCCCUGCAACAGGUGACCUGGCGUCCCUGGGGAGGCAAGUUCCCCCGCCAGCCCACAUGGGCUUUCGUAACUCCCCCCUGACUCCCGUCGCUCCCCUCACCCCGCCGCUCCGGAGGAAUACCAUUAACGCUGCCAGUGGGGUGAAGGUCGACGCCAUGCCCCCUCCGAUCCACCGCAACCUGAAACCACAACGCAGAGGCGUUAGAGUCAGUCAGCCUGCGGAGAGAACGGACGUCCAGACCGCUGCAGAGCCGACACUCAAAACGAGAGUGAAACCAGCUCCUCUGGACAUCACUCCAGUGCAGCAGGACUGGCAGGAAGUCCCGCCCCCUGUCCGCUCGCCUGUCACUCGAACCUUUACACGAGAUCCGUCCAGUCGUCGGUCAGUCAGGCCGACCUCUGCUCACAGCUCAUCCCCCUCCUCCGAUUCUGAUGACCCCGAUGACAGCUACGUCGCCAUGACGACCUCCAGCCUCAGUUUCAGCGCCGGGGAGUCGUCUCUGAGGCUAAUGAUGCACAGGGCAUCAGAGGGCGGAGUCAGCAGCCCGUUGCUACGGCGAGCCAGAGGUGACAAACAGGUGGAGUACCUGGACCUCGACCUCCACACUGGGCGAUCGACACCAACAAGACAGAAACGCUGCACAGCAGAAGGUGGAAGCGGCGGCAACGAGCAGGCCGGAGCAGGCGAGGAGCGUGCACUGGGCGGGCGUACACGUGUGGACUACGUGGUGGUGGACCCCAAAAGAACCAAGGCCCUGAGGAGCACCAGAGAAGCAUGGCAUGACGGGAGGAUGUCCACGGAGAAGGAGAAAUGCUAGAAAUGCACAAACACACACAGACAUACUGUUUGAAGGAGCUUCUAAACCAACACCAAGGUUGUUAAAGGAAAAAUUACUUAGUGAGUUACUUAUUACUUAAUAUAUUCCUUACUCCACUUUUAUUUCAUCAGUCUAAAAAUGUCCAAAAAGUUGUAGCCAACCUGAAAAAAACGGGUGACUUUCUUAUUCUAACCUUAGAUGGACCUGUCCAUUUAAAACUCAAAUCAUUGUUGGAUACUUGUGUAGUCUUUUAACAACAACAACAGAAAGGUAUGUCAGGAAUAACAGUUGUAUUAUGUGAUCAGCUAUAUUGAAACUCAAAGUGAACAAUGACAAAGACUCAGAAGCAACAGAAAGUUCUGUUUUUCACACUGCUGCUACAAUUAAGUACUCAAGGCAAAACUGAGAGAACAAAAUCCAUUCAUCCAUAGCAUGGUGAACAUGGUUCAGCACAGGUAAAUCCACCAGCUGUCAACAAUUGCUACUAAAUAUUAGUGUGUCUGUAUGUUAGUGUCCCCAACAGCAAACCGAGCAUCAGUUAGAGCUCUGUUAUUCUCUAAACAUCGUGUUUCCUGCUGAAAUAGUGAAAAAGAUGGUGAACUGUGGGACGAAUCUAGAUGUUCUGAUGAUUAACAAAUCAGAAUAACGUGAUCAUUUUCUUACGUAAUCAUCCCAGCAGCCACAUGUGCAGUGAAUGAAAUCAAAUAUGUAAGGUUACUGGUGAAUAAUUUCAUUGAUUCUGUGAGGGGGGGGAUGUGAUUCCAGUAAUGACUGUCCAACAGUGAAUAAAUGAAUAAACACUACACAUC